GUAGUUGUCAGACCUAUCUAUAUAACCGUGGUCAUGUGUAAAUAAAUUAUCAUAACCUCAACUAUUGUAUUUUUAUGUGUGUUGUUCAAUGAAAAAUCAAAGCCAGUCCCGACUAUCCAUAUCACCAUCUUUUAAAAUAUUUGAUAAUAAUGAUUGUUUCAGAUCCCAACAAUGUGAAGAUAUACAAUUUAAGCGCAGGAAAAUCUCUGCCCGAGUGGCUGUCUGAUCGGAAAAGAAGAGCUCUCCAAAAGAAAAAUGUUGAUAUUCGAAGGCGAAUACAACUCAUCCAAGAUUUUGAAAUGCCUGCUUUGAGUACUACUGUGAAAGUGUCACGAGAUGGUGAAUAUGUGUUUGCCACAGGAACUUACAAACCGAGAGUUCGUUGCUAUGAUGUCAACAAUCUGUCAUUGAAAUUCGAAAGGUGUUUCGAUUCAGAUGUGGUGACUUUUGAAAUACUUAUGGAUGACUACAGUAAGCUGGUCUUCUUGCACUGCGACCGGUACGUGGAGUUCCACGCAGCUCACGGCCGCUAUCACCGGCUGCGGAUACCCAAGUUCGGUCGAGACAUGCAGUACCACUACCCGACGUGCGACUUGUACCUCGUGGGCGCCGGGCCGGAGGUGUACCGACUGAACCUGGAGCGUGGCCAGUUCCUGAACUCGCUGGUGACGGAGGCGUCGGAGGUGAACCGCUGUGCCAUCAACCCGGUCCACCAGCUGUUCAUGUGUGGCACGGAGGAGGGCAAGGUGGAGGCCUGGGACCCCAGGUCGAGGGAGCGCGUCGGCAUCCUGGACUGUGCCUUCAGCUGCCUCGCAGACUCCCAGCUGGAUGGUUUCCCAUCUGUCUCGGCGCUGAAGUUCAGUGGUGGCUUAACGCUCGGUGUGGGCACGGCGACGGGACAAGUGCUCCUGUACGACAUUCGCUCCAACAAGCCGUUCUACCUGAAGGACCACAUGUAUGGCCUGCCCAUCCGCGAAGUGGAGUUCUUUGAAGCACAGGACUUGGUCAUAUCAUUGGACGAGCGUGUGGUCAAGCUGUGGGAGAAAAACACGGGGAAGUUGUUCACAUCAAUCGAAGCUGUUGACACCAAGUUUUAUAAUUUCUCAGUAAUUCCUAAUACUGGCAUGAUUUUUAUAGCCAAUGAGAACCCAAAAAUACUUACAUAUUAUAUUCCGAGCCUGGGGCCCGCCCCUCGCUGGUGUGGCUUCCUCGACAGCCUGACGGAGGAGCUGGAGGAGAGCAACAUGGAGACGGUGUACGACGACUACAAGUUCGUGACAAGGCGGGAGCUUCAAGAGCUGGGCUUGGACCACCUCGUAGGAACAAAUCUUCUCAGAGCAUAUAUGCAUGGUUUCUUUAUGGACAUCAGGCUGUACAAAAAAGCCAAAUCUGCUGCUGAACCAUUUGCAUUUGAAGAAUACCGGAAACAGAAAAUCCAGCAGAAAUUAGAUGAAGACAGGUCAAAUCGUGUGCAAUUAAAGAAGUUACCGAAAGUGAACCAAGAUCUGGCCCUGAAGCUGAUGAACGAUGACAUGAAGAAGAAGAAAAACAAAGGAGGCUCAGGUCUGCUGAUGGAUGAGCGCUUCAAGGCCUUGUUCGAGAACCCAGACUUCCAGGUGGACAAGAACGCAGAGGAGUUCCGACUGCUGAACCCAGUGCUCUCGAGACUUGACAGGACCCAGAAGAAGCAGUUGAAGAAGCAGGUGCUGCAGCAACAGUUUGACGAAGUCGAGGAGGAGCCAGAAGGACGCCCCAGCUCGGAGGAGGAGUCGCACUCCGACUCGAGCUCGGACGACGACAGGGAGUGGACGAAAGACCUGAAGCGACAGUACCGGCAGGUGCGGCAGGAGGAAAGGGAGCGGGACGUGGAGGAAAGGAAGAAGAAAGCAGGGGUCGAGGAAGCAGAGGGGACGAGAAGCCAGCCAAAGUUCUUUGCGCUGAGGGAAGGAGAAGAGUUCAGAGGACUGAAUCACAGCAUCAAAAGGAAGCGUAACAACAAGCCCCUGGGCGAGAGAGUGCAUCGCGAAGGACAGAGCUCAGUGCGGACCAUGGGUUCCCUCGGCAACAGGGAGAUGACCUUCAGCAUUUGGAAGGAGAAGAGGAACGUGAGGGCAGAGCAGCAGGCCAGGUCCCACCACGAGGAGCGCAGGAAGUUACAGCGCUCCGCCAGAGGCCUGCAGUCCAAGCCACUGCCUCGCUUCCUCAGGCUCAAGCACUAGCUGCCUUCCUCAGCUCAUUUGUACAUUUUAUAUACCUCGUUUUAUUAAAUGUUUUUAAAACUU